AAAAGUACAAAGUUUCAAGCUUUUAAUUUUGCGUGAGAUUUGCGAUUAAAAGAUGCAUAACAAUUUCAAAGAGCUGGCAGUAGCUUAUGUGAAGCAAGCAGUUGUGGAAGAUAGUACUAGAAAUUAUGCAAGGGCGUUCUCUCUAUAUCUAAAGGCUUUACCGUAUUUUAAAACUCAUCUGAAGUAUGAGAAGAACUCAAUAAUUAAGGAAACAAUUACCCAGAAGUUUGUGGAGUAUUUGAGUAGGGCUGAAGAGAUUCACAUUGUUGUGGAUGAUGGAGGUGGUGGGACAACAUCUAAUGGAGAUGCUAUUGUUGCAUCUUGCACAAAGUCAAAGCCAAAGAAUAGAGGAAGAGAGGGUGAUGAUUGAGAGAAUGUGAAGUUAACAGGACUUAAUUUAGCUAUUAUAAGGGAAAUGUCUAAUGUGAAAGGAAAUGAUGUAGCAGGGCUUGACAGUGUCAAGCAGGCAUUGCAGGAGGUUGUUAUACUACCGGCUAAGUUUCCUCAGUUUUUCACUAGUUAGUCCUCCCGUUUAUUUUUCUAUGUUUUUGUACUUCAAGAUUGUUAUAAUGGAGUGAACUCAGGUUUAAAGU